GGUCCGGCAGUACUCCUCUUUCGUCUUUGUGUCUGCAGAGAGAGGCGUCAAGGAGUGAUCAAGGGGGAGAAACAGUUGCUACAGGUCUUAAAGAUGCUUUUAGGAUUUGGAUUUCUUUGCACAUCUUGGGAUCCUCGGAACUGCCACUGAAGGACCAACUUUUACCUCCAAAACUUCUAAAUUUCCCUACCCUUUCACAGGGCUUAGGUGACCUUUUUGAUUGUGUAGUACUUUCGUGGGUGUGUGGUAUCUCGGGACCAUGCUCUCCCUGUACUUAUUCCUGCUUCCUUGCCUGAGCCUCCUGCCUCUGGCCGCGGCUGCAAAGGGCCUGGAGUUCCCCCAGUAUGACGGGAAAGACCGUGUCCUAGACAUCAAUGACAGGAACUACAAGAAAGCCUUAAAGAAGCACACCAUGGUAUGCAUGUUCUACCAUGGGCCCAUGUCAGACAGCAAGGAGCUUCAAAAUAAACUCCAGAUGACAGAGUUGGUGUUGGAGCUUGCAGCUCAGGUUAUGGAGGAGAAAGACAUUGGGUUUGGAAUGGUUGACUCCCACAAAGAUGCAAAGGUAGCGAAGAAACUGGGCCUGGAGGAGGAGGGCAGUGUGUAUGUUUUCAAGGCUGAUCGGGUGAUCGAGUUUGACGGCUUACUCUCAGCUAACAUUCUGGUGGAGUUCUUGUUGGACCUGUUGGAGGAGCCAGUGGAGGUUUUAGAAAAUGCUCUGGAGCUGAAAGCUUUUGAUAGGAUGGAGGAAGACAUCCGCCUCGUUGGCUACUUCAAGAGCGAAGAAUCUGAGCACUAUGAUGCAUUUAAAGAAGCUGCAGAGCAGUUUCAGCCUUACAUCAAGUUCUUUGCCACAUUUGAGAAAUCUGUUGCCAAAGAGCUGACUCUGAAGAUGAAUGAGGUGGAUUUCUACGAGCCCUUUAUGGAGGAGCCAGUCACCAUCCCUGGCAAGCCUCACUCUGAGGAGGAGCUGGUAGAAUUCAUAACUGAACACAGACGACCAACUCUCAGGAAGCUGCGUCCAGAAGAUAUGUUUGAGACGUGGGAAGAUGAUAUUGAUGGCAUCCACAUUGUGGCUUUUGCAGAGGAGGAGGACCCCGAUGGUUUUGAAUUUUUGGAGAUCCUGAAGGAGGUUGCAAGAGACAACACACACCUUCCUGGCCUCAGCAUCAUCUGGAUUGACCCUGAUGAUUUCCCCCUACUGAUCCCCUACUGGGAGAAGACCUUCAAGGUGGACCUGUUCAGACCACAGUUGGGAGUUAUCAACGUUACUGAUGCUGACAGCGUGUGGAUGGAGAUGGAUGACGAGGAGGAUCUGCCCACCGCCCCAGAGCUGGAGGACUGGAUCGAAGAUGUGCUCUCUGGCAAAAUCAACACUGAGGAUGAUGAUGAUGAUGAUGAAGAGGAUGACGAUGAAGAUGAUGAAGAUGACGAUGAUGAAGAUAGUGAUGACAAUAAUAUUGAGGAGGAUGAUGAUGAUGAAGAGGAUGAUGAUGACGACGAUGAUGAUGAUGAUGAUGAUGAUGAUGAGGAUGAUGAUGAGGAUGAGGAUGAUGAUGAGGAUGAUGAUGAGUAAUUCAUAGUCUAAUCCUUGAAUGUUGACUUUUCUGUUCUAUUUUUGUCCCCCUCAGGUCAGGUUUCCCAUGGAUUUAUUACAAACUAGUGUACAGAAAAAUGACUUUAAAUAAAUAUUAACAUUUGCAAUGAGAAAGCGCCUGCUUAUAAAAAUACAACUAUUUAAUAUCCAUUUUUGACAUUGUAAAUAAGCCUGGAUUUCAAAUACAAAAAAUAUAUAUAUACAAAGGUUAUAUAUAACUUAAUAAUAAAGCACUGAAAAUGUCAACUA